UUCCAAAAUUGUCAACAGAAAAACGAAGUGGCGGCAAAUAGCUGCCAUGAGUACGGCUGUGGACACAAACUGACGACGUAGAGAAUUAUGGCUGACUAGUACUUGUACGCAAUUCCCUGAAUCGCUAGAUCUCUUUCUUCCUUUACCUUAUUCUACGAUUCAAUGGCGACAACUUCUUUGCUUUCUCCGGUUACUGUUAUUCCCGCCGUUCGUUUUGACGGAAUGAGAAUUAGCGUGAUGAUGACGACGACGACGAUGAAGAGGAACAAGAAUAUUCAUAGAGCCGCGACUUGUGUUUGCCGAGCUUCAUCGUUGUUGACAUUUCGUAAUCUCGACGCUGAUGACUUCAGGCAUCCUCUUGACAAACAAAAUACGUUGAUUUUGAGGUCAAUUCCUGGAUUGAACGAGCUUGGGAGGGCUUUGUUAGGAACUGUAGCUGAGCAGGUUAUGUUACUUGAGAAUAUUGGAACAUCUGUCCUUGUUUCUAAAAAUCAGCUUCCUGAGCUUCAUGAACUGAUGAAUGAGGCUGCUGAAAUACUGAACAUUGAGGCUCCUGAUCUGUAUGUUCGGCAAAGUCCUGUCCCAAAUGCAUAUACGUUGGCUAUAGGUGGGAAAAAACCAUUUGUUGUUGUUCAUACAAGCCUUGUGGAGCUUAUGACCCGAAAAGAACUUCAAGCUGUUCUUGCCCAUGAAUUGGGUCACUUGAAAUGUGACCAUGGAGUAUGGCUGACAUUUGCAAAUAUUCUCACUCUCGGGGCUAAUACUUUACCCGGCGUGGGUGGGUUGAUAGCUCAGAAUUUGGAAGAACAACUGUUUCGUUGGAUACGAGCUGCAGAGCUUACUUGUGAUCGUGCAGCCCUUCUUGUGGCUCAGGAUCCAAAUGUUGUGAUAUCCAUUCUGAUGAAAUUAGCUGGUGGGUGCCCGUCCAUGGCUGACCAGCUAAAUGUUGAAGCAUUUUUGGAGCAAGCUCGAUCAUAUGACAAAGCUUCUUCCAGUCCUAUUGGCUGGUACAUAAGAAAUGCUCAAACGCGACAGCUUUCGCAUCCUCUUCCAGUUCUACGUGCUCGAGAGAUUGAUGAAUGGUCGAGGAGUGGAGAAUUCAGAAACCUCAUGAAUCGUGCUAUUGCUCGGAUCAAUCCUACUUAAAAAGGUUACAUUCAAUGAUCUGUUUGAGGUUUUAUUUGAAAUUACUUAUUUUUGGAGAUUCCACUAUAAAUUCUAUGCAUAGAUGUUCUUAUUGCCAGCUCAUACUUGUAAGUAAAAAGCAUAAUAGAAAUAUGUAUAUUAAGCAAAUUAAGGUAAUGACAAGAUGUAAUAGCAAUGCUGAGUUUCAUAAAUUAAUUUUAAAUGAAAAUGUA